GAUAUAUUAUAUGUGCUCACGCUUUAUUUGCUCCGACUCCUAAGUCUUCCCGCACCGGAGCCCGCGAUUGCGUUUCCUGCCGCAACGUUUGGACUUUAAGCCUCCGAGGCAUACGCAUACUUGUCCAACAUGCAUGAGUGAAAAGGCUUCGACGUACGCUUCGGGACGCAGUAAGGAGUGGUCCUUCUGCGAGCAGCGGUGCCUGCAUUUGCGCUCGCGCUGAAUGAUAUGAGCUUUCUGGACUAUGAUCUCGGAGAGCUGGACCUGGCAGCCCUGCUACAGAAUGACAUGCCACUACCGGAGGGCGACACGCGAGGCGGCACGGAACAGGGCCCAAUAGCCAGCAGCUUAAAGCGUGAGCCGGAGUCACCAGCAGAGCUUUGGGAUGGAGCAAUGCAACCCUCCCUGCGCAAGUCGCCGUCGUGCGCAUGGGCACCGAACGGCGCGAAUUCGGAAAGCGACGGUGUCGGGUCUUACCGCCGCUCCGACUCGCAGCUGUCUUUUGGCGCUGCGUUCGGCGGUGCGGCGGCGGCCACCGCCGCUGGCGGCACCUCUCUACACCAUGACCUCAACCACGUCCAGUCCACAUUACUCUGCGUCGGUGGUGGGGUUAACCUCUUUGAGGAUAGCGACAGUGACGGCGGCGGCAGCGGCUUCUACAGCGAACUGACGCUACUGCCGCCGCCGCCGGCGGCGCCCGUCCCCCCACCACGAGCACGAGGUGACACCCGCAUCCAGCAGCAGCAGCAGCAGCAGCCUGCAGCUGCGCCCAAUUCCUCGCUUCCACCUCAGAACGCCUCACUCGCCGUGACAUCGAGCACUGCAGCCAACGGUACCGCUGACGUGCUGCUGCCGGCAGGCGGCGGCGGCACCGCCUGGCAACCGCCGGCCGCGGCGGCGGCAGCCGCGACACUGGAGGUCCAAACUAACCUCCCAAUGGCAACGGCCCCGUUGUCAGCAGCAACCGGCGCGGCUGUGGCGCAGCAGCCGGAAUCCAUCAGCCCAUUGAUGACUGCACCACAGCAGGUGGCAACACUAGUGCAGCAACCCUUAAUCCCCCCCAUCCCACGCGCACCUGCACUGCCGGCGGACACAGCAGCGGCAAUCGCCUUCGACCCCGCUGCAAUGCUCGCAUUCCUCCUGCCUGCGGCCACCGCCGCCGCCAAUGCUGCCGCAUCUCUGCUGCCGGCGGCGGGGGACGCCGGCCCCAUGCUGCUACCGCCCCCACAUCGCGACUCCAGCAUCAGCGGCGGUACUACUGCUGGCGGCGACAACAGCAGUAGCGGUAAUGGCAGCGGCAGCGGCGGCGGGGCCGCCGCAACCGACGGGCGUGGCGGCUCGCCAGGCCCGGCCGGAUCCCCUCUUCAAAAGUCCGGCGGCUCGAUUGCACACUCAACGGUUGAGAAGCAGCGGCGAGACCGCAUCAACAACCUGAUAGAGCAGCUAGGGGAGCUGGUGCCAGUCUGCGACCCGCGGCAAAGGCUUGCAGCCGCCGCUGGUGCAACAUCCGCCACCUUCGAGGCCGCAGAAGCGGCGGGCGCGGCUGUUGCAGCAGGUGGCGGUGGCGGCGGCGGCGGCGGCGGCGGCGGCGGCGGCAAGCGGCCCAAGCACGCCAUUUUGGCGGAUGCGGUGGUUCGCUACCAGCAGAUGCAGCGGGACAAUGAGCAACUUAGACGGCAGCUGGCGGCGGCGGCUGUGAGCCUGGCAGCCGCUGCACGGCCCGCCGCCGCUGCCAUGGUAGCCGCGGCCGCUGCUGCUGCGGCUGCUGCUGCUGCUGACAAGGCGCCUUCCGCUGUUGGCACUUCUGGAACUACUGGAACCGCCGCCGCGCCUGUUGCUACUUUCCCGCCUAUUGCACCUCUGGCGAUACCUGAGGCAACCGCUGCGUCGUCUAUUCAGCCCUACCCACUUAUGGCGCCGCCGGUCGCCGCCGCUGCGGCCGCGGCAGCCGCCACGACGGCCGCAGAAGGUGCUGCAGCCGGCCUCGCAACUCGGAGGGCUGCUGCUUCCAUCACGGACGGCAGCGGGAUCAUCGCACCGGGGGCAUUGGCGCCGGCGACGGCGGCUCCCUCAACACCCGCCGCCUUCGUUCCUAAUUGCUACUACUGGCCCCCGACUAUGCCGUCUGCUGCCACGGGUGCCGCCGCCGCGGAGUACCCGGAGGGCGCUACGCCGCCGCCUGGGGGCGCACAGUCAACAGGGGCGCCGGUGUCGCCAGCUGCCGGCGGCGGCGGCCCACUUCACGCCAGUGCUGCCGGCCACAACGCCGCCGCAGCCGCCUUCACCACUUCGACGGCGCUGCCGCAGCGCACACUUGCCCGGCCUGCCUUGCCGCCCAUGCCCUGCCUUCCACCUGCAACUGCUCCUGCACCGGUGCCUGCGCCUGCGCCUGCUACUGCAGCGCCUGCGCCAGCGCCUGCGCCUGCUACAGCUUCAUCCUGGCUGGUCCGCGUGGCCUGCCCACAGCGGCCGGGGCUGGUGCGCGUUGCUACAGCCGCGCUGACGAGGGCUGGCGUGCGCCUGCGCUCGGUAGUGGUCCGGCCGCCCGCCAAGCCCUUCCAGAACACAACCCUAGAGUUGGAGGUGUGGUGCGAGGAGGAGGUCAUGCCCAGAGAGCAGCAGGUCGCGCACAUUCAAGCCGCGCUUGAGACUGCCCUGCAAGCCGUCGUGGGCGAGAAUCCCGCCAAGUAAGGGCGGCGCCGUAGGGAGCUGCCGGAUCCCGAGCGAGGGCCACGGCGAGUGGCAGCAGCUGCCAGGCACUCCUGCUGGUGCCGGCGCAUCCGCCAGGCGUGAUGCGUGGCGGCGCCGGCGGCAGCUAGCAAGACACAGAAGGACAAAGGGCACCUUUCGUGAGAAAUGCACCAGGAACUAGGACUCCGUGCUUGAUUGAUUGCUGUUUGAGUGCGUACACGGUCUGUGCAGAUUGUUGCGACAACUGCGGUGAUGACCUGCAUUUGGGUCGUGCAUGAAGCAUCAUAAAUCAAGUCAGAUUUCGGCAGGGCCUCAACCUCCAAACUCUGCUAGAAGUGACACAGAAAACCAUGCUUGGCAUGCUCGCAUGGCGCGGGGCAGCCCCAGCCAGUCCGCAGGCGAUGGCGGUCCGAGCACAUGCGGUGCGUGGCGCAGUCCGGCGCUCCGCGCGCCGGCGUUUGGCGCGGCGGCCUGGGUGGCGGGGCCGGACGACAUGGAGGUGGAGCCGGCACACGCAGCGGGCCCGGCGCCUCGCGGUGGUCGCGGCGGCCGCGGGCGCACCACAGCCCGGCGGCCGCCGCCGUCCCCGCGGCUCCCGUCGCUCAACCCGUCAUCGCGGCGCAGCCGCCGCUCGGCGCCCGCGCCCGUGCCAGCGAGCACCGCUACCGCAGGACGGAGGGACGCCCGUCUUCGCCUCCCCCGCCAGCGCGCUCCGGCAAGGCUCAACGAGGUCGGCGGAAGGCAGCCGUGGUGCGCACGUGGGGGCGCUGCCUGAGCAACUGCCAGCGGCGGCCGUGGCGCCGGCGCUCCCACCGGUGCCGCCGCUUCCGCUGGCGCCGCCGCCGCUUCCGCUGGCGCCGUCGCUUCCACUGCUGCUGCCGCUUCCGGCGUCACCGCCGCUUCCGGGGGCGCCACCACUUCCCACGCCUACGUACUGGCGAUGCCAGCGGGCCUGCCGCCAUGCUGGUGGGUCCGCGGUCGGCUUUGGGGCGGCGUGGCCCUCACGAGGCCGACGGCCUCGACGAAGCCCCUGCCGCCAAGCGCGCGGACACCCGCGCUGUCGGGGCCGCGGGCUCUGGCCCGCAGGCUGGUUUCCUGCUGUUGUUGGCUGGGCGGCGUCUGUCGCCUUCGGUGGCUGGAGCGGACGGCGGCGCUGCUGGGUGUGCGAGCAGCUCCCUGGCUGCAGGAGGCCAGUUUUGCGCUGGUGGCGGGGAGCCCAGCGGUGGCGCUAGCUUGAUUGGGCGGCUGGGGUGGGCCCUGACCCUGUUGUUGGUAGUGGCGAGUGCGACUACGGGACCAUCUAUCAUGUCCGCGGCGGACGUCGCGGCCUUGCUGGCUGACCGCGAUGGGGCCCUCAGCCUCGGCGUUACCUUUGAGGCGGUCCAGCAGGCAGCAGGCGCUGUGGGAUGCGAGUGAUCAGCACGUGGUGUGCUGUUGUGGCACUGGGCGCGCUCUGAUCUUGAGGUCCCGCCGUGGAGACGUCUGCGUCUGAAAGCGGGACUGGGUGGCUGACGGUGGCCCUCCCGUGCGUGUGCUCACGGGGCCAGCUGCUGCGUGCUGGAGGUUGCGGCGUGCGCGGACACGGAGUUGCUGUGGGCGCUCUGUGCUGUGUGCUGGCCCGGUUUGGCGGCGUGUCAGUGUGAUCGUGCGCGGGCGGUGGUCCCGUGCGGUAGCUGGUCUGGUUUGUUGUGGCGGUCGGAUCGCCGGCUGCUGCCUGUGUGCCCCGGCUUGCGUGGGGCACGGGUGGUGCGUGAAGGGCUGGACUGGGCUCGGCCACUGCCCUGCUAGCCCCUCUGCUCUUCUCUGCUAGCCUUUGGCUUGCUUGCAUACAGGUUCUUACUCUCCUACUUGCCCACCAGCCUCAUGAGUAUGGGGAUUGCCGAGUACAAUUUCUGUACGCUGACGCCUUGCAAUAAAAGAAAUAGCCAUCGUUGUGCGUGUACAAAUAAGGGCUAUGAUUGCGAGAUCCCACAAGCAAGCUGCAAAUGCACAACAAGUGUGGUUCUUGUGUGUUUACGAUGUUCAGCUACCGUUUGCUUUUACAUGCAUGGAUGCGGCAGUAGUACGACGGCGCUGGGGGUACUUGGGUCACCGGGUCAUUCCUUAAUAUUCAACAAACCAGGAGGUGCAACCCUGCUUGGUAUAGCAGCAGCUUUAUUAGGGGCCGGUAUACAUGACGGCGCGCAUAGCGUCAGUUGCUGCGUCGUAAACAUUAUACAUAUACACAAUGCACGAAGUCCGGCAUAGCGGCAUGUAGCAGGUGGGCGGGUUCUUGCGCGUGUGUUGACGUAAGCGCAAAAUGACCGCCACGACUGGUGUACAACUUCUGAGAAUCAGUUGCUGGCUGUGGGUAUGACGCAUUCCUGACAAUUCCAUGAUACAGUCGUACUGUAAAGCUGUCUCCCU